UGAUAAUGAGGACGAUGAAUAUGAUGAUGAUUGUUCUGAUGAUGAUGAUGGUGAUGGUGAUGAUGGUGAUGAUUCGGAUGACGAUGUUGAUAAAUAUUUUGAUGACGGUGAUGAUGAUGAUGCCUCGGAUGAUGAUGAUGACAAUGAUGAUGAUGCUGAUGAGGAUGAUUACGAUUUUUCGGAUCGUGAUGAUGAUGAUGGUGAUAAAGAUGAUGAAGGUGUUUUCGUUGAUGAUGAUGAUGAUGAUUCGUAUGAUGAUGAUGAUGAUGAUGAUGACGAUGGGGGAGAGUCGGAUGAAGACGAUGAUGACGAUGAUUACGAAGUUGAUGGUUGCGAUGCCGAUGAUGAUGGUGAUGAUGUAGAAGAUGAUGAUAAUCUUCAUGAUGAUGACGAACGUGACGACGUUGAUUCCGAUUACGAUGAUAAUUCGGAUGAUGACGAUGAUUCGUAUGAUGUUGUUGAUGAUGACGGUGAGGGAUUUGACGAAGAUUAUUCGGAUGAAAUGGAAGGCGAUGAUGAUUCGGAUGAUGACGAUGAUGA